UAAAGACUCUAAAAUCACUCUCCUUAUCUUCUUUAACAUCAAACACAAAAAACAAAAAGUUUUCAAGCAUGGCUUCAACCCUGACCCAAAACUUCUUCACAAAACCCUUAAACAACCCCAAAAUCCUAAACCCAGCCCGACCCGCAACCCAUUUCUUAUCUACACGUUCAAUCUCAGCUUCAUCUUUAGAUAAAAAGUAUAAAUCAAGAUUAUCUUUGAAUAUAAACAAUGCUCAUGUAAAAUCUUCAUCAUAUGAUUAUAAUAAUAAUUUCAAUAAUAAUAAUAAUGGGUUUAAUGGGCAGCAGUAUGAGUAUGAACAGGGUUUAAUGGAUAAUGGGCCAGUGUAUCCAAGGCCCACUGAGAUUCAAUGGAAAAAAGAAUUAUGUAAUUGUGUACAACUUAUUGGGAAUGUUGGUAAUGCUGUUGAGUUGAAGCAGUUAAGUUCUGGGAAAGUGGUUGCUUCGUGUCGUCUCGCGGUUAGGAAAUCGGCUACUGAUACUACUUGGAUCAACUUGACGUUUUGGGAUGAGAUGGCACAUAUUGCUUCUCGGCAUGUCGAGAAAGGAAAUCAAAUAUAUGUAUCAGGCCGUCUUGUUGCAGAUACAGUUGACAGUGAUGAUGGGAAGCAACAAACUUAUUAUAAGGUAGUUGUUCAGCAGCUGAAUUUUGUUGAGAAAACCCCGCUUCCACCAGCAUCUAAUGACGGAGGCUUCAACUACAAUUCCAACUCUAGCCCGACAACAGGUAGAAAGCAAAAUUAUAAUGCAAAUACCACAGGAUCCAUAGAGGAACUAUGGCAAGCAUAUUUUGCUAAUCCUGAUGAAUGGUGGGAUAAUAGGAAGAACAAGAAGAGCCCAAAGCAUCCAGAUUUCAAGCAUAAAGAUACCGGUGAAGCUCUAUGGGUCGAAGGAAGGUACAAUCCGUCUUGGGUUGAAUCUCAGUUAUCAGUAUUAGAUUCACGAAGGGAAUCUUUUCACAAUCAAAAUGCUAAUAUGCGCUCAAGUUCCAUGUUCGGAGAUAACUUGACGCCUUACUAACUUCUCUUUCUCGCCACCAUUAAAGUUCGAUUAUAUAUGAUCUAUGGAGUAAGUUCUGAAAUGGUUUUGGUUUACUCUAGUAUGCAAUGUUUUUGAUGGUUAGGUAUCUUUCUUUCUCCAGAUUCUAUUUUAAUAUCAAUGCAUUAUAGCUAGGCCUAUCUAUCAUUUGUAUAUAUAUAAGUAUAAAUUGACAAUACGAUUAUUCGGUAAAAAUAUCAAUGCAUUAUAGCUUGGCCUAUC